AUCAUUGGCUGGAUAUGGAAAUGCUGGUGCACCAACUAACUUUGGCUCCUUCAGACUUUUAAAUCCCGGAAAAAUUCACAGCUAUUUUGUGGGGUUGAAAUACUGGUUUAUACUUGAGGGUCUUGUAUUUAUACCUACCCAAUAUUCACUGCUUCUCAGUGGCCAAUAUUCAUGCGUAUCGCUCAGGUCACGGAGUGGUGUCAAGCACCAAAGUGUUUCGAGUACGAAGCUCCGGAUAUCCCUGCGCCAGAUUCAGGAUAUGUUCAGGUUAAAGUGCUUGCCACAGGUUUGCAUCAACUCGUCCGACUUCGAGUUAAUGGACGACAUUACUCAGCAAAAAGCCUUCCACAUAACCUCGGCGUGGAUGGAGUGGGCAUUACAUCUGAGGGUCAGGAAGUCUACUUCUUCACUUACUAUGGUGAAACGGGAUCCUUCACCGAGGUUAUUAACGUCCCUAAGGAGGACGUCAUUCCUCUACCUAGCAAAAGCCUAGACAAGUUCCAGGUUGCUGCCUUGGUAAACCCAACUAUGUCAUCAUGGAUGGCCCUUCGCAGACGUGCUUUGAUGACAACCAACAGCAACCCGCCACGGCCAGGCUUCUCCGUUCUGAUCAUGGGUGUAACAUCCCUGUCAGGAACCCUUGCAGUUGAUGUUUCUCGAGCAUUGGGGGCAACACGAGUGAUCGGAUGUGGCCGAGAUGAGAAACGACUGGCGUCAUUGGCCCUGGAUGAAAGAAUAUGCCUGAGCAAUCCUAUCGAAGAAACAGAUUUCUCUUCAGUAGGUGACGUUCAUGUCAUUUUGGAUUACGUAUACGGCCCACCCACAAUGGCUCUCUUCCAGUCCCUCAAAUCCACUGUUCCUGUACAGUAUGUUCAAAUUGGUGACUUGGCGUCUAAACUUUUGACUUUGCCAUCUUACACUGUGCGGUCAAGAAACCUUACCAUUACAGGGUCUGGCCUGGGAAGUUUUAGCUUUAAUGAGUUGCGAGAGGAAUUGCCUGAAAUGCUAAAGGUGAUGGAAAACUUUUUGCCGCAGAAGUUGGAUGUGUUUCCAAUGAGUAAAAUAGAAAGCGUUUGGGAAGCGAAGGGAGACAGGCGAAUGGUUUUUGUUCCCGGAUUUUGA